UACUGUUCACGGAUCAAACCGAAACUUCCCUUCAUUGAGUACCGACGCUAACGAAAAGUGGAUUGCCUGGUUCAGUAUUUUGGAAUACCUCAGACGCACAUCAAAUACAAAAAAGUAAUGACUUUGAAUAAAGGUGACAAAUUGCGGAACAUGGACAAAAGGAGAGGGAGCAUGCCGUUUCCCAUGCACCUGCAGAACCUGCACAGAAGAAGCAUGCCGGUGGAUGACCGCGAGAUGCGCAAGGCGCAAACUGGAGAGCUGUCCAACCUCAUGCGCUGCACGUCCUACACCCCCGGGGAGCCUUACCGAGACAGCUGUGUAUCGGACUCGUCCGAUUCCGUUAUCUCCUCCGGCAGCGACUCCGGGGGACAGGUGUACAAGGUGGUUCUCCUCGGUGAGCAGGGUGUCGGCAAGUCUAGCCUGGCACGUAUUUUCGGUGGAGUCGAGGAUGGUCACGACUGCGACGAGACAGGAAACACAUAUGACAGAUCGUUCGAGGUGGACGAGGAGGAGGCGUCCAUCUUGUUGUACGACAUUUGGGAACAGGAUAACAGUCAGUGGCUGAAGGAACAGUGCAUGAGGAUAGGUGACGCCUACAUUAUCGUCUACUCAGUGACAGACAAGUCCAGCUUUGAGAAGGCGUCAGAGCUACGCAUCCAGCUACGCAGAGCUCGCCAGACUGAGAACAUUCCCAUCAUCCUUGUUGGAAAUAAGAGCGAUCUGGUGCGGUCCAGAGAAGUCUCUGUGGAUGAGGGCAGCGCCUGCGCUGUGGUGUUUGACUGCAAGUUCAUCGAGACCUCAGCCAAUCUCCACCACAAUGUCAGGGACCUGUUCGAGGGCAUCGUCCGGCAGAUCCGCCUUCGCAAAGACAGCAAGGAGGAGAACGCUCGCCGUAUGGCCAACUGCAAACGACGCGAGAGCAUCGGCAAGAAGGCCAAGCGUUUCCUGGGCCGUAUGGUGGCCCGGAAGAACAAGAAGAUGGCCUUCAGACAGAAGUCCAAGUCCUGCCAUGACCUUUCGGUCCUCUGAGAGUAUAGUAUCUGGACUGCUGUUUUCUCUUUGGCCUUCAAGACCAGACGCUGUGUGUUUUUAACACUAACCCCAAGGACUGAUAGAGCUGUACAGAAAUUAUAUAUUUUAUUAUAUUAAUUAAAUACAACAUACAUGUCCAUGAUAAUGAUCUGGCUUUUGAAGUUUCAUUAUUUAAUUUUUUUGUCUGCCUUAUGUAUAGCUGUUGAUACUUCUUGUGUAUGUAUAUUCAAUCCACAAAGGCUUGUUAUUUUCAACCAUGAGUUGUAAGAUUGCCUUGAUAAUGGGGGACAGUGUGUUUGGUUCUACUGCAUGUAGUGUUGGUCGUGUUGUAUAUAGCCCUCAUGAAAGAUUAGAUGAUGGUACACUGUCCUGAAAAGCAAUGGAACUGUAAGCCCUAUGAGUGAUUUCCCUGCAUUCUGUCACCUGGAGUCAUUUUUACUUGAAACUGGGUACGCAGGUUCGUACUUUGGCCAUGAUACUGAGGACAGGAACAAUGUGUAAUGGGGGUUAGGCCAGGUUUUGUAAAAAUAUAUGAUUCUAUUGUCCUAACCUUCAGUCCAGAUGUGAAUGAAGAAAGCAAUAAUAAGUUAUAUUUGUCAUGUGAAUUUAACGUUUUGUUUUAAAUAUAGUUGAUUUGCACUUCAUUUUAAUAUUCAAUAAUUUUGUUAUGUUUACAUUUGAUUUUUUUUAAUAAAAAAAAGAAAUACAAAUA